GCGACGCAAGUUUGGCCUGAGUGCUUGCCGUAGUCACAUGCGCGCAUGCGCAGCCCGGAACCGUGCCUCAAAAAGUGAAGGCGUAAAGGACGGCUUUAGCUCUGUAGGGGUCAGAGAAGGAACUUCCUCCUGCUGUGGUGUCGGGCGAGAAAGCUUCAAUAUGUCUUCUGGUCUGUUGCCCAAGCCACAAAUGAGAGAUCUCCUGGGAAGAAUUGCAAGAAGGAAUUUUCUGAUAGGAGUUACUUUAGUAACAGGAAGCUUUUUUUUCUUGGAGUAUUUUUUCAUUCAAGGAAGGCAAAAUAAAUACAGAGAUUUCUAUAAAACAUUUGAUUUCGCGAAAGACUUUGAGGAGAAGAAAAAAGCAGGAAUUUUUCACAGUGUGAAGCCCUAAUGACAUCUACUAAUCAUAAAGCUUCCCUUUGGAGACAAAAUAGUUGAAUAUUAUUGUGAUCAAUAACGAUCACCUUCAAUGUUGGUCCUCCUGUAUUGUGCUCAUUAAAUGAAAUCUUUAUCUCA